CCUAGUCAUUAGUAGGAAAGAAAAACCACGCCCAACCCAACAACACUCCCCCAAGAUUCCAACCAAAAUUCCCCUCAGCAGAGCAUCAGCAGCCCUCAAGGCAGCAGCAGCAGUCCGUGCCAGAAUGUCCGGUCGAGGCGGCAGCGGAAGAGGUGGUGGUGGUCGCGGCGGAGGUGGCCGCAGGGACAUGCCGCGCAACCAGCAGAUAUCGCGGGCGUUGAGUCGUCUCUUGCGGCAUUCCGCGCAGCAGGAGGGACUGACGCUGGGGAAGGGCGGUUAUGUAUCUGUUCAAGACGUCCUCAACACCCGUCCUUUAAAAUCAAUCAAAGCCACAUUCUCCGACAUAAAAGAAGUCGUCGCCGAAAACGACAAACAGCGCUUCUCCCUCAUCCCCGUGUCGUCAUCAUCAUCCCUUGACGACGCCUCCACCACCCCAACCCCAAUCCCGGAAAUAGAAUCCGACCACCCAUCCGACUACCUCAUCCGCGCCAACCAAGGCCACUCCAUAAAAGUUGACACAGACGGCCUCCUGAAGCCUAUUACCCGGGACCUCGACAACAUCCCCGCCGUGUGCGUCCACGGCACCGACGAGCGCGCGUGGGACGCCAUUCUGCGCGCUGGCGGCUUGAACAGGAUGACGAGGAAUCACAUUCACUUUGCGUCUGGGUUGCCUGCGGGGUUUAAGAGCGUGGUUGUUGCUGCGGACGGGAAGGGGGAGGAGGACGGGGAGGUAGCGCCGCCGGUCAUCUCGGGGAUGAGGAAGUCUAGUACUGUGCUUGUGUAUGUGGACAUUGAGAGGGCGAUCGACGAGGGGAUUAAGUUCUUUGUGAGCGAGAAUGGGGUUAUUCUUUCGGAGGGCGAUGAGGGUGGGUUUGUGCCGACGAAGCUUUUUAAGAGGGUGGAGAGGAGGACGAGGGGGGGUGGCGUGCUUAUGGUAGAUGGGAAGGUGCCGGAGGGGACGGUCGUUGAUGUCGAGGCGUGGAAGAAGGAUAUUCAAGAGUCGAGUGGCGGGAGGAGAGGUGGUAGAGGAGGAGGACGUGGAGGGAGAGGUGGAGGUAGGGGUGGACGAGGUGGUAAGGCGAGAGUGAACGAUGAUUCGGGCGACUUGCUCGCUGGGGUUUAAGUCAUGCUGGUUCAAGAAAGCAAAAAUGCAUCAAGAUACGAUAUGUUGCGCUAUGAAACAAUAUAGAACUGCCGACUCAAUAUGAGCAUCGUUCUCACGAUGAGAAUUGCAGCGAGAUCAUGUUCUACGAAGUUUGCAUAUCCAGCCCAAGUAGGCUGGUACGAACAAGAGCAUCUAAGAGCACACUGUGUGCAUUAUCUAUGAGUAUUUAUCUACAUGUUUUCAUUGGGAGUUAUCGACUUUUCAAUUUUCCACACACCAUGGAUCCAAAGCUGAUGACAUUAAACAGAAGUAAUUGCCUGCCUCCCACAACGCCAGUUU